AUGGGCAACAAUGCCAUCUCCCUCAAAUCUAGGUUUCAGAAUGCUAAAGGUGCUCGAGCAAAAGCGGACUUGGGCUCACAUCCCAAAACUGCCUCAACCCACAACCUGCCAGCGAACCGUGUAGAGAAGUUGACCUCCGGUGUGAGGAAGCGCAGAAGUCACAACGAAAUCACGUUGACAGACCGCUUCAAGGACUCCAUUGAUACCUAUCGCACUGAACUCGGCUCGGAGACGGAUCGUCUGCUUGCACAGACCGAACAUGAUCUCGACCAGCAGCUGGCGGAGAUUACUCAAGAGUUUGGUGGGCAGCUCAGGCUUGUGGCAGAUUUUGAGAGCAAGAUCUUCAGCCCGAUCUCCGAGGAGAGGCUCGAGAUCGUUGUUGGCUCGGCUGAAGAAGGUGGUCAGACUUCGGUACAGUAUGCCACUUUGGCCGACCGGAUGCGAGACCUUGAGAGGGUCCUUUCAGCGGAAGCAGCUCAGCUCGAGAGCUUGUGGAAAGAAUGGUAUGCUACGAAUUUGGAGUUGGUGCGUCUAGCAGUCGAAGUCCUCGGGCCUGUUGGAGUCAAAGCGUCUCGCAACCAGGAUGACAAGAGCCUUACAGCACAAGUCACUGCCGCUAUCGACGAGAACAGAGGACACGAGGCCAGGCACACGGAAUACCAAAAAAAAGCCGCUGAGAUGGAACGGUCCAUUCGUGCGACUGCUAGAGAAGCGAUCAAUCAUCUGACCGAGCAAGAAAAGGAAUGGAGGAUUACCGAGAAGAAGAAGAUUCAGAAGAUCAAGCAAAUCAUAAUGGAGGCAGACUGA